UCCUCGGUGGUUAUUCCACAUCGAGCAGUCUGUUUGAACGGCCGUGAGCGGUUUUCUUCUCGGAACAAUGACAAUCAAAUCGGUAGUAAUUAGCGGAAAAUUUUGGAAAAUCUGAACGUUGAGACUUAUGCAUUGAGGCAGUGAUUUUAGGCGACUUUGUUAUCUUUUUUUUUCAUUAAAAAAUAGUCUAACAAGUGAAUUAGGCAUACUGUGCCAGUAAAAGAAUGUGAUUUCAGUUGGUUAAGUAAACACUACAUCGUAAACGAUACCAUCUCUGUAGGUUAGAACCGUGAAUGGAAAUCGGUUCAUCAUUUAUUUAGAGUCAAAUAAAAUCGAUAAUAUGUCAUUCGGAUACCGUGUAUCUAUUCCAGCGGUUAACGGGCAUAGUGGCCGGUAAAAAAACGCAAGGCGUACCCCCAGGCUGGUGUCCUAGUGUCUAUCCAUCGUUAUGUGACAUUUAACUUCACAACCCCGUGAGUGAUACAUGCCCACAUUAAAUGCCUCAGAAUUGUGCGAUCGAGAAGAGGUAAAAUUGUGUUUGUCGCUCAUACAGAAGCCCCCUGUGAGAAAAUUAUGUUCUCCUACGGUAAUUACUGAGCCACCUCGGAGGUGGCAAUUUAAGUGUUGUCAUGAGGAAGACCUCAGUUUGGUCGCAUAUUUAAUAGUUCCUGCUAAUGCAAGCGCCUGCAGAAACGAAGGAUUGCCGAUUGCAGCUGAAAAAGAAACGUGGGAAGCACCUACCUUCCUACGGUGAAACGAUCGAUAUGAAUGAAUUUUAAAUAGGUUAAUCUGGAGUGGUAUAACCGAUUUGCAACGUUGUUGCUAGUGAACCAUGGCUCAAGGGAUAAUGGAUCAAUUUGAACUCGUAGUGUUGAGCCUCAUAAAUUGGCCUAUCUGUUAGUGUGGAAUUAUAAUCCUUAUAGAAUGAGUGACGCAAAUCAAGAACCUCCCAGUAGUGAAACUAGUGAAUCUAUAAAUAGUUGUGUUCUAGUUAAAAUUACUCCAAGCCAAGACGACGAAAGUGAUAAAACGGCUAGCACAAGCAUUUCACCCGACGGACCUUACACGAGUGAAGCAAAACCUGCCCGAAACGGCAGUUUACCGGAGGGUAUACUAUACCGAUCUUCUCUCAAUGUGAUACUGCCAAAUUUUAUCGAACAUGAACAACGUGCCAGCUCUCCGUUCCCCGAAGCAUCACGCCAAAGACAACCAAGGACAGCUCAUUCAAGCCCAGUUCAAGCGAGACGCAGAUUUAGCCAAGAUACACACGGCUUCAUAACGGGCAAUAAAAGUGUCGAAGAAUCCAAUAAGAUAAACAAGCAAAGCGAUCAGAAUCAAUUAUUUAUGCGACACAGUUCCGACAACAUUCAUGCUAUUAAUAACUUUCCGUGCUGCACUGGGCCUACAAUCGGCAUAAAUGGUGGGAUGGGCUCAUACAUGAACCACAUCAACAGCAACAGUGACCACAGUAACGGAACCACCAAUGGAAACAGUAUCUCCAACAAAUUCACCGUCACCAGGACGAACAGCACCAAUACCACGGGCGAAUUGGACACACACGGAACGGUUUCCACAGCGUCAGUCCAUCAGUCGAGCGAUAGCAAUCACCACGUGGCCGCCGAUGGCACAACUUCAGGUUACCAUGGUGGUUCACAGGACUCAAUGAAUGAAGCAGACACCGGUAGACUAGAGGCGGCGAAUGGAAAAUCACUAUCGACGCUGGACGAUAUCAUGGAAAGUCCCCUGCUUAAAAGCCCAGUUGAAAAAUGGCUCGAGGCACAGGAUAAGGCUUUGAAACAAAUGACCGAUAACGACGACCGCAAUCGAAGUCCCGAUCCCUAUAGCAAAAUAUUUGGCCCCAAAAUAACGAACGAAAACAUUCCGGGAACACCGAUGGACCCGUCCGACAUAGCUUCGAACUUCAACCAAAGCUUCACCUCCAGCACAAUGCAAAUAAACAACGAACGAAGAAGAUCGUCCUCCAAGCUCCUAGGGGGAGGAGGUUCUCCUGUAAGGACAGAUGGUAGAGAUGAUAGAGAUUCAUUGAACCGCAAUAGCAUAGACGAUACAAGCCUCCGUAGCAAUAGGCGUCGAAUAUCUCAGCAGUCGAACGACACUCGAAGGACCAGCAAGCAGGAUAAAGAGGGUCUCGAUCCCGAGUCGCUGAUGUUCCGUGAUGGGCGACGAAAAAUCGACAUGAUCCUUUGCUACGAGGAAGAGGACGAAGGCGUUAUGACGGAGAUUGAAGCACUGAAGCGACACCAGCGCAAAGUUUUCCAAGAGAGCCUCGUGAAGGAAGGGCUCGAGAUCGAAAUCGAGCACAAAUCGCAAUCGUUCGACGAGAAAACGUACUUCAUCAAGGUUCACAUACCGUGGCGAACCGAAUCACGCUACGCCGAGGUUAUGAACCUGAAACUACCGGUGAAACGGUUCAUCACAAUCAGCGUGAAGGAGGAAGAAUCAACUCUACGAAAACACCAAAAUAAGUGGCUCAGCUACUGGAGCAAGCUCAUGUCCGUGACCGAAUACAACUACAGCCGGAUCGAGAAGGAACCUUCAUUCUACUCGGCGACGGCCAACGGCAACCCAGAGGAACAGUUCAUAGUCAAGGACCGUUGCACCACCUACAACAGUGCCCAGCGAAGUCUGAUAGUGAUGCAAAUCCUGAUGCGAACGCGAUUCGAUGAAACCGAAAAGGCCAACAAUGUUGGAAUCAAAAGACUGCUCAACGAUGGAACCUACCUGGCAUGUUUUCCACUUCACGAGGGCCGGUAUGAGAGGAAUCACUCAUCUGGCGCUAUAUUCGAUAGGCGGUUGCUGUAUUUGGAAUGGGCCAGACCGGCCAAAUGGUACAAGAAACAACCGCUCUGUCUUAUUCGAAAAUACUUCGGAGAUAAGAUAGCGUUGUACUUUUGCUGGUUAGGUUUUUAUACAAAAAUGCUGUACGCGCCUGCCAUCGUCGGAUUUUUCUGUUUCCUGUAUGGGUUGGCGUCUAUGGAUUCAAGUGAUAACAUUCCAACGAAAGAGAUUUGCGAUGAAAAUGGUCCAGGAAACAUCACAUUGUGCCCUCUAUGCGACAAAGCAUGUAGCUAUCAACAGCUAUCGGAAUCAUGCCUGUUUGCGCAACUAACGUACCUGUUUGACAAUCCCUCAACUGUAUUCUUCGCCAUCUUCAUGUCAUUUUGGGCCACGACGUUUCUGGAAAUGUGGAAACGCAAACAGUCGGUACUGAUUUGGGAGUGGGAUCUACAAAACAUCGAAAACGAAGAGGAUACCCGUCCGGAGUUCGAAACGUCGGUGAAAACGUUCCGAACGAAUCCGGUGACCCGCGAGAAGGAACCCUACAUGCCAACCUGGGACCGGGCAAUUCGUUUCUUCGCGACGUCUAGUGCCGUAUUGUUCAUGAUUGCAGUAGUUUUAGGCGCCGUUCUGGGGACCAUCAUUUAUAGGAUAUCACUCGUAUCUGUGAUCUACAGUGGCGGAGGACGAUUUUUCCGCAAGCAUGCCAAACUCUUCACCACGAUGACUGCUGCCUUAAUCAAUCUUAUCAUUAUUAUGAUUUUAACUCGUAUUUACCACAAGCUAGCUAUCUACCUAACCAAUUUAGAAAAUCCUCGUACACAAACGGAGUACGAGGACUCGUAUACCAUCAAGAUAUUCGUGUUCGAGUUCAUGAACUUCUACAGUUCACUGAUCUACAUUGCGUUUUUCAAGGGGCGCUUUUUCGACUAUCCGGGAGAUGACGUGGCGCGGAAGAGCGAAUUCUUCCGUCUGAAGGGCGACAUCUGUGAUCCAGCGGGGUGUCUCAGUGAACUGUGUAUUCAGCUGGCGAUCAUCAUGGUGGGAAAGCAAUGCUGGAAUAAUCUGAUGGAGUACUUUUUCCCAGCGUUCUACAACUGGUGGCGACAGCGGAAACACAAACAACUCACUAAGGACGAAACGCAUCUGCACAUGGCGUGGGAGCAGGAUUACCACCUGCAGGAUCCAGGACGGUUGGCCUUAUUCGAUGAAUACCUCGAAAUGAUCGUACAGUACGGAUUCGUAACCCUGUUUGUGGCAGCGUUUCCACUGGCUCCACUGUUCGCAUUGCUCAACAACAUCGCUGAAAUUCGGCUGGACGCCUACAAGAUGGUAACGCAGUCCAGACGACCAUUGGCGGAAAGGGUUGAGGACAUUGGAGCAUGGUACGCGAUUCUAAAGAUUAUUACUUACACGGCUGUGGUGUCAAACGCAUUUGUGAUAGCAUAUACAAGUGAUUUCAUUCCUCGAAUGGUUUACAAAUAUGUAUAUUCUCCUCAAUUUACACUGCAUGGAUACAUCGAACAUUCGUUAUCAGUUUUUAACACGUCCGACUACAAAGACGAAUGGGGUACCAAAACCGAAUCGGAUCCGGACAUCUGCCAAUAUCGGGGGUACCGCAAUGGACCCACUGACCAGGAGCAGUACGGCCUGAGUCCGCACUAUUGGCACGUUUUUGCGGCACGGUUAGCUUUCGUGGUGGUAUUCGAGCAUAUAGUGUUUGUGCUGACGGGAAUCAUGCAGUUCAUCAUACCGGAUAUACCCGUUGAGGUCAAGACGCAAAUGCAGCGCGAGCAGAUGCUCGCCAAGGAAGCCAAAUAUCAGCACGGACUGAAGAAAUCGCGCGAUACGGACUACGAAGAGAUUCUGCAAGCCCUCCGGGCGCAAAGCAAUAACAGCAGACAAGGAAUACGAGGAAGCUGGGCACGACGCCUCAGUCGACUAAGCGACGGACUAGACGCUCACGUGGAAGUCUCGAAUCGUCCACGACAAUCGCUGGAAUCUACCGUUUGGGAAGUGACAUAGCAGUAGUUAAACACAUAGCCGAUAUUUUCGCUACUUCAAACGCUGUAGUUCACCAUUCAUUUAAUUAUACUGUAAACUAUUUGUAUGUUAAAUAAACAUUCCAAACGCGGCAUUUUUUUUUGUAAAUAAACGCUUAAUUGUUUAUACGA